AUGCCCUUGUCCUUGAGCGCGCAGAACUUUUUGGACGUUUUUGCUCCUUCACCAACCAAUGUGUCGUCCCUAGAACAGGAAGAUCCUUCAUCAAACAGCUCACAAAUUUUGGACUGGAUUGCGGAAGUGCUGGACACGCAAAGUCUUGAUUGGGGGGAACCACCGCUUAGGGUACGUAACUCACUGCGCAACAUCGGGACCGGCAACGAGGUCUUGUUUGACGGGCUUAUGAGACUACUGAGAUUUCAUCUGAACAACCAGGGGAGACAGCUUGCGCAAUCAAUGGCAGAGUCGUCUCAGAGGAUAUCCAAUGUGCCCGGUUUGUUCGAAUGGAUUGUCAGUGCCAGACAAAAAUCAAUCUAUUUUGCGUCGCUCGCAGCCCUGGUUGCCGAACAGGUCAGGCUCGUGACGCGCUGCAUCAACGCAAUUUUUCAGGCAACAGCAAUGGAUCCCGUCGUUUUUCUUGGUUUACGUGAAUGGUACGACAACGGGCUCUUUUCAGAACAAGGCUUGAUUUCCCAUGAACAACUGGUAGAAACCGCGGAGAUACUCAAUCAAAUAGAGCUCGGGGACGAACUGACUCAAAUGGUUAUCGAACUAUUUAAGGACCGGAUCAAGCUGCAUGUACAGGCCAAAUGCUCAAGAGUUUGGAGUAGACCUGUACUUCAAGAUCUCUCGAACUGGACCCACCAAAUUCUCGUUCCAAAGCUCGGAGAUAUACUGCCUGGUCGAUUAUCCGGAUUCCACGUUUGCUCUUCAAGAGCUUCGUGCUUGCAUGUCGACUCCGGAGCAAAGUGCUCAACUGGUGAACACAUUUAUCCAUUUGUCAAGGAAGAGGCUACUUCAUGCUGGCGUGAAUACCAUCGACAUCAUCAAGUGCUACAUUUCAACCGUCCGUUCGUUUCUGAUAAUCGACCAUCGUGGCGUCUUGCUGGAUAA